UGAAUCUUAACCUAAAUGAUGGCAAUGUCGAAAAAAAUAUCAAUGACAUAUAACUCGUGAUAAAAAUUUUAAAUUUUGGAUAUUUAGGACUUUAGAUUUGUCAUUGAAGGUUAUAGCGAAGUUAUGUAUUUUGCAUAAAAUGUUUGAGCAUUCAGUUAAAGUUCCCAGACAUUAUAAAGUAGCGGCAAAUAUUUUUAAAAAAGCUUAUACAGAAGGUGGCAGUGUCAAAACUUUAUUGUACGACGAAAAACUUAGGCAUUUUAGAACUAAUGUGCUUUACGCCCUCAUAACAGAAACUAUUAAACAUGCUGUCGAUAUAGAAAAGAUUUUUGAGACUUGUGAAAUUUUGACAAAAGAACCGCGUUUAGAUCCUUGGCUGGCAAAAGUUUUAGCCGCCGAAUUGCUUUAUGGAAAAAAGGCAUUGCCGGGAAAAAGCAAACCUGAGCUAACAAUAUUGUCUUAUAAAGAGCAGUUAGAAAAAAUCAUACCAGAACAACAGGAUGACUUGAAAUCUAAAGUUGUUCGCAGACCUCGCUAUGUGAGAAUAAAUACAAACCUGUUAGCGACUUCAGAUGCGAUCAGGACCUUUCAAGAUGAAGGCUACAAGUUCAUCAGAUGCACAUCAGGAACGUACGAUGAUUAUUUGCAGCAAAUUCAAAGUCUAACAGAAUAUGACUUUACUCAAGAUUAUCACAUCAAGACCAUGUUUGUAUUUGCACCUGGAACCAAACUACAUGAACAUGAUUUGUAUUUGGAAAAUCAAAUUAUAUUGCAAGAUAAGGCCACGGCUCUCGCAGUGCAUCUCUUGGCGCCGCCAACAGGAAGCACGGUGUUAGACAUGUGUGCAGCUCCCGGUAUGAAAACUACCCAAUUGGCGGCGUAUUUAAGAAAUCAGGGUAAAAUUUACGCCGUCGAAAGAAAUGAAGACAGAUACAAAACUCUUUGUGAUUUUGUGGAGAGAACGGGUUCAAAAUGCGUAGAGACCCUACAUAAAGACUCGCUAGAAAUAAGAAGAGGUGAUUGUGACGAUGUUGAAUACAUUCUUCUGGAUCCUAGUUGUUCAGGAUCAGGUAUGGAUCUCCAUGUACACAACUAUAUCGAGGACACAAGAUUAGCUAGACUAACUUCACUCCAAGAAAAGUUCUUAAAGCACGCAAUGAAUUCGUUUCCAAACGCAAAACGAAUAGUAUACAGUACUUGUUCACUAUUUCCCGAAGAAAAUGAAAGGGUCAUAACAAACGUCGUUAAAACUUCGAGAGCCAAAUGGCGAGUGCAAGAUGUGAAAGAACUUCUAAAGGGUCAAUGGAAUAAUUUCGGUUCCGGAAUGUAUGGCAGCAUGGGAACAAGAUGUCUAUAUGCUGUUCCAAAUUCAGAUUUCACUACCGGCUUUUUCUUAGCAGUCUUAGACAGAGAUCCUAAAGAUAUGGAAAAGUCACAGGAAAGUGCAGUAGAGGCGAAAAAUCACAAUAAAAUGAAAAACGAAGAUAUGCUCUCGGAAGUUGAAACAGAAGAAAAGGAUAAUAAUAAAAAGAAGAAGAAAAAGAAAAUUAAAGUAGAAAAUACUGAUGGUCUUAUCUCAAAUAUCGAAGAAGAGGCUGAUAUGCAAAAUGAAGAUGAACCAAAAGGAAUAGAAAAGCGUAAGAAGAAAAAGAAGGAUGUUUUAGAAAUGUCAAAUGAUGAUAACGUAGGUAAUACUGAAAUCAUGUCUGCGCUGAAUGAGGAAUAUAAUGAUGUAGAAACGAAGAAAAAAAAGAAAAUCAAUGAAGAAGCAUCAACAUCUGAACAACGAGUUGUAAAGCGUGAAGAUAUAGAAAUUAAGGAUUCUGAUAGUUUAAAUGAUAGCAAUGAAAUAACGAAAAAGAAGAAGAAACGAAAAUCCAAUACAGAAUCGACAAUAGAUUUAAUAGAAAACCAGGAGAACACUGUGUACACUAACGAGCCAGAAAAUAUAAAUGAAACUACUGAAACUAAGAAGAAGAAAAAAAGAAAAACUAAUGAGGAAUUUUCAGCUGAUAUAACAAAUGAAGAACGUUGGACAAAAAAGGCAAGUAAAAAAUAUAAUAUUGAAAUCCACAAAGAUGAUGUUAAUGAAACCACUAUAACUGAUAACAACGAAGAGCCCGUGAAAACAAAAAAGAAGAAAAAGAAAGACAAAACGCAUCAUUUAACAGAAAAUUUCGAUGAAUUCAAUGGAAAUUCCGACAAUAAAUUAAAUGAAGAUGAAAAUGUUGAUAAUUCGAAUAAAAAGAGAAAAAACAAAUCGAAACAUGUCGAGAAUUCCGAAACAAUUGACGUUAGUGCAGAUGACGUAGCACCAAAAAAGAAAAAAAAACGCAAAGAGCUGUAAUUUAAAAUGUAUUUUCUUUUAUAUUUUUCUUUAACUCUA